GCCCUUUCCAUCCACGCAGAGGGGCUUGCAGCGGCGGGGCGCUCUCUGCAGGGCAGCGCCCCCCACCCCGCGCUGAGCACGGUCCUUUGCCCGGCACCGAGCAGGCUCCCAGCCCGCAGGGAGCUCCCCUCGCUCAGCCGGCCGGUGGAGGGGGCGGGGGCGGUGCGAUCUCCGGGCCGCCGCUCCCCACCGCGGCGGCUGGGCGGGAGGCGGCGGCGCGUUACACAGCCAUUACAUAAUAAAUUAGCCGGUGGAGGGGCGGGGGCAGGCGCCCGCGACAGGGGGAGGAAGCGAGCGAGCGAGCGAGGCAGGCAGGGCCGCCCCCCGGGCCGGAGCCUGCCAGGAAGGAGGCGCGGGCCGGCGGCAUGGAGUAGGCGCCGGCGAGCGGAGCGGGCGGCAUGGAGCCGAGCCCGAGCCCGGGGCCCUGCGCCGAGAUGCUGCAGGUGGCCGAGGAGGCCUUUCGCGGCGGCAACUUCGAGCUGGCGGCCGAGAUCUACGGCUCGCAGCUGGCCGAGCUGCCGCAGCCCGAGCGGGGCCUCUGCCUGCGCCGGGGGGACGCGCUGGCCCGCGCCGGCCGCAUGGCCGAGGCCCUGGAGGCCUACAGCGCCGCCGCCCGGCUGGGCCGCCUGCGCCCCGAGGAGCUGCGGGAGCUGGCGGAGAGCCUGGCCCUCAGCCUCCGCGAGAAGGCGCUGCGCCUGCCGCCCUGGCCCGGCGGCGGCGGCCCCGAGGGGGCGGGCGAGGCGCUGGGCGACCCCGCCUGCUGCCGCCCGCCCGAGCUGCUCGGCUGCCCCCUGUGCCGGCGGCUGCUCUGCGAGCCGGUGACCCUGCACUGCGGCCACACCCGCUGCCGGCGCUGCGCCGAGCCCGGCGACUGCUGCCACCGGCCCCGCCGCGCCGCCGACGGCCCCGCCAGCGCCCGGGUCAACGUGGUGCUGGGCAACCUGCUGGAGAAGUGGCUGGAGGGGGAGAGCCGGGCGCGGCGGCUCCGCGCCGAGGGGGACGAGCUGCGGGACAGGCAGGAGCUGCCGGCCGCGCUGGAGAAAUACAACCAGGCCCUGGAGACCGCUCCCUGCAAAUGUUCGUUAAUAGCACAACGAGCAGAACUGUGGAUAACCAUGAAAAACUAUCAACAGGCUCUCCAUGAUGCAGAGGCACUCUGCCAAAACAAACCCCUCUGGCCCAAGGGUCAUUAUGUGAAAGCACAAGUUCUUUCUGGAUUGGGAAGGACUGAGGAAGCACUGAAGGAGUUUCUUUAUUGUGUUGCCUUAAAUCCUGAAUGGAGCUUAAUGAAGAAAGAAGCCCAAAAGAUAAUGUGUGAGAUGUUUUUCCCAGCCUUCGAAAACGUGCAUGACAGCCUCACUGCACCUUUCUCUAGUCGGACAAGGUUGAAACCUGCAUUUUUAAGCAACUUAAAUGCUGUUGAAGAUGGUUCUGCUGCUGGGUGCUCUGAGGAUACUGUAUUCAAAUUAACAAAAGCCCUGUCCCAAGAGUCCGAUGUUCUUCGAAGCACUAGUUCUUCUCUCUCUCACAAUGUACUGGAUUUGCAUUUUGAAGACCAUAAGUCAUUGGGAACAAUCCUCUCCAGCUUACCUGUUGCACGUUUAAAAAGAAAGCUAUCCAGUGACUUGAGGGAUUUACAAAGCUUGGAUGUCCUAAAUAAGAUUCCUAAAAAAGAUGGAGAUACUGUACUUGAAAACUCAGACACCCCUGCAUUACGUGAGAUAUCAGCAGUCCUUGUGGAUGCAUCUGACUUCGAGUGUUCCCUCUGCAUGAGGUUAUUCUAUGAGCCUGUUACCACUCCCUGUGGACAUACAUUUUGUCUCAAAUGCCUUGAGCGUUGCCUUGACCAUAACCCAUAUUGCCCGCUCUGCAAAGAAAAGCUCUCUGAAUUUUUGGCAAGCAGAACUUAUAAAAAGACAGUCCUUACAGAAGAACUAAUAGUUCGUUACUUGCCAGAAGAGUUAUCAGAAAGAAAGAAAAUUUAUGAAGAAGAAAUGAAGGAAUUAUCAAAUUUGAAUGAAGAUGUUCCCAUCUUCGUGUGUACCAUGGCCUUCCCUACCAUCCCUUGCCCACUUCAUGUCUUUGAACCUCGGUAUCGGCUAAUGAUAAGAAGAUGCAUGGAAACUGGUACCAAACAAUUCGGCAUGUGCUUAGCUGAUGAACUAAAAGGGUUUGCCGAUUAUGGCUGCAUGCUAGAGAUCAGGGAUGUAAAGUUUUUUCCUGAUGGGCGUUCAGUUGUUGAUACGGUUGGUGUUCGUCGAUUUAAGGUCUUGAACCAUGGUCAACGAGAUGGGUAUAACACCGCGAACAUUGAAUAUCUUGAAGAUAAAAAGGUGGAGGGAGCAGAGUAUGAAGAACUUGUCCGUCUUCAUGAUUCAGUUUAUGAUCAAGCUGUUGCCUGGUUUACUUCCCUUAAAGACAACAUGAAAGCACAAAUUCUCAAUCAUUUUGGAUCAAUGCCAGGAAAGGAAUCGGAGCCACAGAGUAACCCCAGUGGUCCAGCCUGGUACUGGUGGCUAUUGGCAGUGUUACCAUUAGAAAACAGGGCUCAGCUGGCUAUACUUGCUAUGACUUCCUUUAAAGAUCGUCUUAUUGCCAUCAGACGUGUAUUAAUAUUUGUAACACGCAAGAGACCCAGAUGACAUGGACUUACUCGUGAACAGGCACUGACUGUAUGUUAGUAGAUAUGUUUUUUUAAAAGCAUCACGCAGAGAUGAACAGUUCUUUCUGGUUGUCUGACAUUUGCUAUUCUGGAUGUUCACCAAACUUUGCACUCUACUCUGUAAUUAAUAAGCACUCUGUGCCUGUUGUCCUGGUGAAAUCUGAGCCCCUAUGAAGUUGUGCUACAAUUACAAUGUCGUUGGUAGUUGUGGAUAACUACUACUAUUCAUAAUCAAGAGUUGAUGUUUCUAGCCUGUGAGAGACUGAGUUUAAAGUAUUAGAACACCACAAAUGGCCUAUGUGCAGUUUGGAUUUACACUUAAAAAGGAAAAGAGUUCUCUGCAAUGGAUCACAGACUGCAGAUAGAUUUAUUAGAAUUUUCCUGAGAUGGUCAGCAGAAGGGAAACCAAACUAUCCUGCAGAUAAAGAAUGCACAAAGUACAUAGCUGACAGGAUAUUCUCUUAAUGAGUUGGUAGAGUCUCUCUGCACUUUCAUCUACUUGUUCAAGAAAUAUUGGUCUAUAAAACAAUUUUCAAGAUUAAGGUUUUGGAGGUUGUCCAGGAGCGUAGUAUUUACAUGGUCAAAGCUGAGUGUCGGGAAGAGUAGUAGCUACUGAACAGCAAUUUGGUAGCCUUAAGUAACCCCUUGUGUUGUGAUUUGCAUGUUGUAAUGGAAUGAAUAUAUCAAAUGUCAAAGGUGUGCAUUUAUUUUUAGAAAAUCAAAGUAAUCCCAGUUGGUCAGAUGUCACUACACACAAAUCAAACGUAUUCCCUAAAACAUGAAAGGCUGUUGUGAAAUAGCUAUUUCACUCCAAAUUCCGGGAAAGCAUGCUGUGGUACUCGGCCGAUGUGUGUUCUUAAAGUAAACUUGGCUAGGAUAAGCAUUGGGGAAGAUUCCAUUUCCCUUCUCACCUUCAAAUGAUGUGCCAAGCUGAUGUUACAUUGGAACAAUAUUUGUUAGAACUUUGGGUUUAAAAGUUAGUGUUAUGUUUUAUAUCAUAAGUGCUGCACGUGGCUGGAACCUUGGUCUGUGAUGACAUCAUGAAAGGAGGUCCAAACUGAACACUAACAAGGCAAGUCUCAAUGCAAGCUUAAGUCAAGUGUCCUCUUCAUUUGUUUGUCUUGGUUUUUAAUAUAUUGGUUUUGUUAAUAUCUUACUUUGAUAGCUAUUGAAUAUGUUGCUGGUUAGUCAAACUAUUUUAGUGGCUAUUUAGAAAAUUAAUUUAAUUGUGUAGCUUCCUAAAAGAAGUAAUUUUACCAACUUGAAAAGUUAGCCACAAUCUGUGCUCUCAAAGUAUAGCAAGAUGCUUUCAGAGACACUUGUUCAUGUGCAACACUCUGGCAUGAUGAAAAUGGUGUCUUAUCUAAAUGUUUAAAGUGCCUAGUUUUUAGUUUGCUUUGAAUUAUUAUUUUUUUUGUGUCCAUGAAGAUAUAUAUUAAAAAUUUGCACAUGAGUCCUGGAAGAAAACUGCAUAAACAAAUGAAUUAACACAUAUUGACUGCUUUCUUGGAUACUGUAAUUACAAUCUUUGUGGUCUGGGAAGCUAAAGUAUCUAGUGCAGUGGUUUUCAAACUUUUUCUUUUUUCAUUUAUAAAACUUCAAAUGGAGGUGCGGACCCCUUUGGAAAUCUUAGACAUAGUCUGUGGACCUGCAGGGGUCCACGUACCACAGGUUGAAAACCAGUGAUCUAGUUAACUUUUCUUUCAGCAAAUCGUUACCAGAAGUGGUUUCUGUAACCUGCUCUGAAUGUACUGUAAUUGCCUCUACCUUGAACGCGCCUUUUCUAGUCAAAUAGUGAUUUGUAAUUUAUCCUUUGAAUUGUGAAGUGCAUAACUUACAACCAAUGAUUUCGUAAUCUCCACAAUAGCCUUGCUGCAAGUUCUGCUACUGUCAUAAGAGUACUAAAAGUAAAAGCUAUAUGAGAUUCUGAGAGGGUGGAGAAGGCAUCAGAGCCCCAAAGCUGCAAACAAAACCGCUUGAAGUCUUUUGGAGCACUUCCCCCUCCAUCCAUGCAUUAAUAACUCUCAUACUUCAUCCCAGUGUUUUUUCCAGUUAAUCCAUUUUAGACUACCAGCACUUUAGGUAGUUCAGCUUCAGUUUGGCAACCCAACUCAUUUUCAGUUGGGAAAAUAAAUUCUCUUUUCAGAGUAGCAGCCGUGUUAGUCUGUAUUCGCAAAAAGAAAAGGAGUACUUGUGGCACCUUAGAGACUAAAAUAAAUUGGUUAGUCUCUAAGGUGCCACAAGUACUCCUUUUCUUUUUGUGAAUUCUCUUUGUGAACUUUCACAUUGUUUGUUUUUUGUUCUGUAUGCCACUCUUGCCAUCAUUGUCCUUGCUCUCUUUGUUUUACCCUUCCCCUCUUCCAUGACUCUUUCCAUGUCCAUGCAUUGACUUUUAAUGUUUUGGCGGCAAAGGGACAUUGACAGAAUCAUACAGUCCUAGGCCUUGCACCUGCAGAAUGUUACAUAUGUGCUUAACCUUACACAGAUAUAUAUCCUUUUAGAAUUGAAAUGUUAGUUGCUGUCUCCUUGAUUCUAAUUACUGACGACAAUGUGAAUUUCUCCUCUUUGCAAAAGCCAGUGAUUUAAGAUGUUUGUCCUUUAAGUACUUUUAAAAGUGACACUACAAAACAAAGUGUUCCCUUUAAUACAUCAUAGGAAAGCAAUAAUGAAGAUGUAAGAGUGUCUUUUUUUUUUUAAUUAGCUUUUUUGCAUUAAAUUACAUUACUGUCUAAGGAUGCCAGGAUAACUAAUGAAAUGUCCUCGCUUGGGUGAAAGCUGAGUGACAGAAUUUUUGGUAAGUUUUUAAACUGUUUCUAGUACAAUGGGGUCGUGGUCCAUGACUGGGGCUCCUGGGUGUUACAUUAAUACAAAUAAUUAAUAUUUGUUUUUAAACACUUAAGUGACUGACAUUUUGGAUACAUAAUAUGAAAUAAUCAGUAUCUGUAUGCAAAUGUUAAACUAACAACCCAAACUCACUGUUUCUUCCAAAACAUGAAAUACUGGAUCAUACAGCAAAGCUAAAGAGAAAUGCUAUUCAUAGGCACGUACAGAGUCUCUAGGGGUAGAGACUUUAUUCCUACCAAGUUCUCCUGUCCUGGUUUGUACAGCAGCAAAUAGUAAAUAGAUGGAGAAACUAGUUGCCUCUUCUCUGGAUUAGAGGCAAAUGUCCAUAUUGCAGCUAUCUUAUAUCUUUACUUCGUUCUUGUCCCCAUGGUACGGUAUUGAAACUGUGAGCUAAGCAGCUGGAAAAGACAGGUGUUUUGCUGCCCUUUAACACAUUACAUUUUUCGUACUUACUUCCUAGCCUGGGCAAUGUGAUAGGAAAGUCUCCACUUUGGUGAGAUCCUUUAUACGUCAUAAAGAAACAAAAAUGUCCAGAUCGAAUUUUUUUUUUUCCCUUAUGGGUCACCUGUAAGACUUAAAAAAAAUAUAUUUUUUAACGUCACCUUUCAAGAAGCCUGUAAAUUGUUUCCAUCAAGGCCUUUGUUAUCGACUGUAUUUUAACAUGUCCAGUCUGUGUUUCAUUUCAUCGAUUGCUUUGGACUUCUAACAUGCUGAUGAUCAGUUUCUUACUGCUUCCCUUUCUCAUGCUCCCGUCCAUUUUGAAACUGAAAUAUAAAGCUAUUGUUCAAAAACACUUGGUUCAUAUUACCUUUCACACUGGUGGAAUUGGUAUUUGGUAGCGCCUUACAUUUACAGUUGUGAAAUGAUUGUAUCAAUAACAAAAUCUCAUCUGGGGCUUGUGACCAGAUUAAAACAAGUAUGUGUAAUGUAGAUAAACUUGAAACAAUUUUUUACUGUUUUAAAGCUAGUUAUGAAACUGUAUGUACAUAUGUAUAAAUAUAAAUUAAACUGCGCCAUUUUGUAUUUAGUAAAUUCAGGACAAGUCCAUGUUCUAGCCACAUUUGGUACUUGUUGCAUAAGCAAAGCCAAACUUUUUUAAAAAUAGCAAUGUUCAUUUCAUGUAUAUUUGCAAUAUUCAUGGGAAAUGUACUUAAUUUAUGUGACAUUUUGAAUAAACAGAUCACAUUUA